AGGUUCAUUGCUAGAUAUCGAAUACUGUAUUGGACCGUUCUGUAUUAGUGGCACUGCUAGCAACAAGGUUGAUAGCCUAGCAUCCUUUCUCCGUUAAUGGAUGCGGCCCUGCGGAUCCGUUUACAACGAGCCCCCCCGUGUUGGAUAGUAUGGCGUCUUGUGUAAGAAGACCCAUCCAGCAGUAUCGAACACGUAUUGUCAUUGCAAAUAUGUAUUAUUGUUUGAUAUGUGUAAAAUACUUGUGAUCACAUCCAACGUCCGUGUAAUUAGAUGCAGCUCCAUUGUUUGCACUGAUCUGUUAUGGCGGACUAAUGCUGAACCAGGACCACUUAAAAGUUGCAUUAUUGCUGUAGAUCACAUUCUUAUAUGGCUGCUAUUGUAAACAUUAAGUUCCCUCUUAAAUUGAUGCUGCUGUACCUUUUGAAAACUGCUACGUUCCCUCAUAGUGAUUGCAAGUGUUCAUUACUUAACUGCAGAUAGUUCUAGACAUAUGUGCUAUGCUAGUUGAAAGCCAUAAUACCAAAUUUGUACUGUUCAAUAGUGGAUCAUUUGCUUUUUAAUCAUUUUUUUAGGCUUCUUUUGACAUGUUGAGUAGAUUUUGCACUGAAACCCUGGGAAUAAACCCCAGCUUUACAGAUACCAUAUGGCCUCUGUUUGUGUUGUGUUCAAGAUGACGUUUGACAAGUCAGAGUAAAUUAACUUGCUAAUUUAACUUUCUAACUGGCUGUCGAUUUGAGGUGUGGCGUAUAUUCAUUCAAGUGGAUGACAAACCCUGCAAUUUUGGGGGGCACAACAUCCUAUUAGGGAGGGUGCCUUUCAGGCUAGAUGUCUCUCGGCAUCAUGAAGGAUUUGGGUCGGUGUAAAAUUAGAAAAUUGUGCACAGCAAUGCACAAUUAAACCCUUCUCAAGCAACAACGCACAAGUGAUCUUUGGUUAGUCUUUUACAUGUUUAAUAACUUCAUCUAUCUGAUGCACACUAAUAUGGUGGCGUUUAUGUGGGAAGGAAAAAAUGUACCUGGCUGCAAUCAAAAACAGCAUGUGAUCAUUUUGCUCGGUGUAGGGUGUCAGUCCUGGGGUCAAAUGUGAAGCUGAGAAAGUAAAUCCACACUACGUAUGUAGUUCUCUACUCACGCCACUCUCGUCUUGUACUAACACCAAAAAUGAUGCUUGGCUGCCCCCUCACUGGGAAGAUUAAACCCAUUUAGGCAAUGCUGCAGUCAUCCCCUCCCUGCACACCCUCCCCUGCUUGUGUUGGUUUUAAUCUGGCACCGCUGCCUUUUAUACGCCGAGCUGACAGUGACAUACUACGGUGUGCAUGAAUUGUGACCGGUCAAAUUAACAUAGCAUCGCCUCAGCUUGCCUUAGCAAAAUAUUGCCAACAAAAGGUAAUACUAUAGCGGUCUAACAGCACCGUAAUUAAUGUCUAAUAAAAGCAUCUGUGAAAAGAGUGGCUGGCUCUAAUGAGGCAGCCAGGGUCAUAUUUCCAAGGAAUGUGCCCCCUCUCCCCAUCUCUGUCUGGUAGUGCUUAAGACAUCGUUAGUCACAAUUACAUGCAGCCGCUGCCUGUGUGAGGUCUCACAGAAUAGAUGUUUUCCCAGCGCCCCCAAAUUGUUUGAAUGCUUUAUCUGGGCAGACAAGGGUUAACAACAGCCAGGAUGAGUGGGCUGUUCGUCUAAGUCAUUCAAGCUGUACUCUCCCAAGGAACCCCCCAACGGUGGCAGCUUUCCCCCUUUCCAUCCAGGCGCUAUGCUGGACCGAGAUGUGGGGCCUACACCCAUGUACCCCCCAUCAUACAUGGAACCAGGAAUGGGGAGACCCACACCGUACGGAAAUCAGACAGACUACCGCAUGUACGAGCUCAACAAAAGGCUACAGAACUGGACAGAGGAUUGCGACAAUUUGUGGUGGGAUGCCUUUACCACGGAGUUCUUUGAGGACGAUGCAAUGCUCACCAUCACUUUCUGCUUGGAAGAUGGACCCAAACGAUACACCAUUGGUAGGACAUUGAUUCCCAGAUAUUUUCGGAGCAUCUUCGAGGGGGGCGCCACUGAGCUCUUCUACAACUUGAAGCAUCCCAAGGAGUCCUUCCACAGUAACUUUGUCUCGCUCGACUGUGACCAGUGCACCAUGGUCACCCAGAAUGGCAAGCCCAUGUUCACACAAGUUUGUGUGGAGGGCCGCCUGUAUUUGGAGUUCAUGUUUGAUGACAUGAUGAGGAUCAAGACGUGGCACUUCAGCAUCAGACAACACAGAGAGGUCCUCCCCAGGAGCAUCUUGGCCAUGCACGAUCCCCAAAUGCUGGAUCAACUGGCUAAAAAUAUCACCAGAUGUGGGCUGUCCAACUCCACUCUCAACUACCUCCGUCUAUGUGUGAUAUUGGAGCCCAUGCAAGAGCUGAUGUCAAGACACAAAACGUACAGUUUGAGCCCUCGAGACUGCCUGAAGACUUGUCUCUUCCAAAAGUGGCAGAGAAUGGUCGCGCCCCCAGCUGAGCCCGCCAGACAAGCGCCCAACAAGCGGCGGAAAAGGAAAGUGUCGGGAGGCAGCAACGUGAGCUCCGGCGGGGGCGGCAACAACAGCAGCAACAGCAAAAAGAAGAGUCCAGCCAACAGCUUCUCUCUCUCCAGCCAGGACGUGAUGAUGGUGGGAGAGCCCACUCUGAUGGGAGGGGAGUUUGGUGACGAGGACGAGCGUCUGAUCACACGUCUGGAGAACACACAGUUCGAUGGGGUCAAUGGCCUGGAAGAUGAGGACAGUUUCAACGGCUCCCCCACGCUGGGGGCACUCUCGCCCUGGAACAGCAAGCCCCCCUCCAGUCAGGAGAGCAAGAAUGACUCGUCCCAGUAGAGCGCUGAUGUCCCAGCCGCCCCGUUGUGUUUUUUUUUUUAAAGUCACCGGGAUAAGACAAGACUGAAUUAAUAGAGGCGGCAUUUUGUGAUUUCAAGGAGGAGAGUGGCGUGAUUUAGAGGGAAGGACACUUGGAGCGGUGUCUCGUGAUAACGUCAUGGCCCUCACUCAUGCUCAGUGGUGCUCAAGCCCAGCCCUCGUCUGCUCAGACUUAGAGGUGCACUGACACUGGCUGUGUGUGUGUGUGUGUGUGUGUGUGUUUGCAUUGCCUUCCAGCCAGUAUCGUCUGCCAUGUCGGUGGGUUCUUGUUCCAACCUCGGGUCUCUCAGGUGUGCUCAACACCGCCACCUCAUUGUAUCUGUUGUGCUCAUGUCAGCGUCACCCAAAUGCUUAGACUUCAUUUAUUAAUUUUUUGUUUGUUUGUGUUGCAGGCUGCAGAAAACUGUGUGCACCCUUUUAGUAUCAAAAUUCACCAUCCGGGUUUAUAAAACUCAAUUAUUUG